CCCGUCCCGGACGGGCCGUCCCGCACCCCGCCGAGGCCGCGUGGGCCGGAAAGCCGCCGGCAGAGGGUCCCCAGAGGUCCAGCCUAGCCCCUCCGCACCAUGUCAGACAGCGACCUAGGUGAGGAUGAAGGCCUCCUGUCACUGGCCGGUAAGAGGAAGCGCAGGGGCAACCUGCCCAAGGAGUCGGUGAAGAUCCUCCGCGAUUGGCUGUACGCGCACCGCUACAACGCCUACCCUUCUGAGCAGGAGAAGCUCAGCCUCUCGGGGCAGACCAACCUCUCAGUGCUGCAGAUAUGUAACUGGUUCAUCAAUGCCCGACGUCGCCUUCUCCCUGACAUGCUUCGGAAGGAUGGCAAAGACCCUAACCAGUUCACCAUCUCCCGUCGUGGGGGUAAGGCGUCAGAUGUGGCUCUCCCCAGGGGUAGCAGCCCCUCGCUGCUGGCUGUGUCUGUCCCAGCGCCCACCAACAUGCUCUCCUUGUCCGUGUGCUCCAUGCCGCUCCACUCAGGCCAAGGGGAAAAGCCAGCAGCCUCCUUCCCACAAGUGGAGCUGGAAUCCCCCAAGGCCCUAGUGACCCCUGGGAGCACACUCACCCUGCUGACUAAUGCUGAGGCUGGAAGCCCCGCCGGUGGACUCUUCAAUACGCCGCCACCCACACCCCCAGAACAGGACAAGGAAGACUUCAGCAGCUUCCAGUUGCUGGUGGAGGUGGCGCUGCAAAGGGCUGCUGAGAUGGAGCUCCAGAAGCAGCAGGAGCCAGCACCCCCGUUACUGCACACUCCCCUCCCGUUAGUCUCAGAAAAUGCCAAGUAGCCACCUGCAGCCUGGCGGCUUGAGGGUUCAGGCCGGCUGCCCCGGGUUCCUGGUUCACUUCCCUUUCAUACAGAGGGUAUUACGGAUCACUGCCAAGCGUCAGGAUCAUCUCUGUCCAGAGGUCCUCAGCAAGAAGACGCCAGCUGGCGUCCCUGCGCUGCACUGUUUCGGGACCUGUGCUCUGCUGACUGCCAUUCCUUCAAGCUUCCUCUCUGAGGAGACCAAGGCACCUGAACCAGGCAUGGUGUUGCUGCUGCUGCUGCUGCUGCUUCUCCGAGAGCCCUGGGACACCUGCACUCCAGCCUACGUUCCUACGCAGGCUCAGGAAACCUGCCAAGUUCAGACUUGAGCUGGGUCCAAGCUGCCCCUAAGCUGUGCCUCUUUUGGUCGAGGCAGGUGUGCACAUUCCGACUUCUUGAAAGGACAAAGGAAGAUGUCCAGCAGAUGUCACAGAACCGACUCCAAGUGAAUGUUUAGGUUUUUGCAAAUUGUUUAUUUUCCUUUUGCUGUGGUUUGUGUUACGGCAGUGGCCCAGAAGCUCACGUGUCGGGAGAGAGCACCUUACGUGGUGGAGCUUGGUAAAUUGGGGUGAUCACCGAUGCACCGGAUGAUUGUAUAAGGGACCAGCAGAAUCUCUGCAGCAAUGCUGAAUUCUGACUACAGUGCUUGUUUGAUUCUUGGUUUGGUUUACCAUAUUACAAAAGAAGGAAGAUGCCCACAGGUUUGGAUAAUUUGCACCAACACAGAAGGGGAUAAAGCCACAGCCAUCUCCAACCAAACCAGACAGCCAUUAGACACAGCAGAGAUGGCUAAAACCAGAGACAUAUUCUUUUUAUUGUAUUUUGGGGUGGUUAAGCUAGACUGAAGCAGUUUUUUGCUUUCUCUCUGUUUUGGGUGUGUGUGCCUUCCCCCCACCCCCUGGCUUUUUUCAGAUCCGGGGGCUUGGCCAGAUUGUCAAGCACCAGCCUUUCCGGCUUGGGGAGAAGUGAGCCAUCUGCCGGUCAGGAGACUGGAGGAAAGGGGCUAGUGUGGCUACAGACUGGCCCAACACCGGGAGCUGUGUCUGUCUCACCUCCCCUUCAGGAUGGAAUUGCAGAGGCCUGCCUAAGUUUCCCGGGGAACACAUCACACUUGGUCUUAAUCUCUC